CUUCCCUUCAGGAAAUCAGUUUGUGGCCGGAGUCGCAGAGCGGGGACGGGAAGCGGGAGCGGUGCGGAGCCCUGUGGGAGCUGCUGCCCGUCGGAGGCUGUAGCCAGGCGGGGCUCGGCCGCCCCUCCCGCGGAACCCGCGACGGGAGGAGAGGACAGCCUGAGGCUGCAUCCGGGGACGGCCAGUAUCUGAAGAUGGAAUUUAGAAUCAAACACACAUGGGAUGGUUUGCCUGUGAGCCACGAGCCAGUUACGAUUGGGCUGAGGCCGGAUAAUGCAGGACUGCUGAUGGAAGUUCACGCUCCUUUCUUUAAUGACCCUCCAGCGCCACCCGGAGAGCCAGGGAAACCCUUUGGUGGACUGUGGGACUAUGAGGUUGUAGAAGCAUUCUUUCUGAAUGACAGAACUGAGCAGUAUUUAGAAGUUGAGCUUUGUCCCCAUGGGCAGUACUUACUGCUGCUGCUUUCUGGCAGAAGAAGAGUAUGGAAAGAAGAACUUCCUUUGGAGUUCGAGGUGACCAGAAUGAAAACCAAAUGGGAGGGUAAAGCUCUUCUUCCUUGGAGUUACUUUCCACCAUGGACUGACAAGUUCAAUGCAUUUGCAAUUCAUGGCUCGGGAGGAGAGAGAAAAUAUGAAGCACUUUAUCCUUUGCCUCGACACGAACUGCAGGAAGGACAGAAACCAGAUUUUCAUCGUCUGGAAUUUUUCAAAGACUUGAACCUGAAAGAACUAACAGGAGAAGACUGGGAGCAGCCUGAAUCAGAUAUAUGGAAAUCUCUCACUAAGUGGAUGGAUUGAGGCAUAAAUUUUUAUAAUGUUGAAGUUGGAUGAAGCUGUAUGGAAACAGCUUCCUCAUUCUGAGCAGAGGUUGUAAAUACCAGAUUAGCAAGACUUUCCUUGACACCCAAAUCAUUGAUCAGUCUUAAAAUCAACUGUAAAGGAUGGGGAUCUGUUGAUUCUAAAUGUAUGAAUGGCUUGUGUUUCAAUUCAUCUGAGUAUGGGGUUUUUCAUCUGUGCAAGUGAUGAAUCUGCUGCUACGAGUGAAGGAGAAAAAAUGUGCUAAAAUUACAGCUGUGUUUUUAUGCGAGCUCUGAAAUCUGACAAGACCAAUACCUGGCUUGCAAUCUUUUGAUUUCCGGUAGUUGCUGCAUUUCUUUUGUAUUUUCACUGCUACUUGUUAGUUCCUUGACUGCUGAAUGAAAUCCUUAUGUGCCUAAAUUUUUUGCUUACAAUGAGGAGGAGGAAUAGAGAGGAAUGUAGCUGUCACGGAUUUUGGAGUCUCUGUGCUUGCCCUGCAAGAGGUAUAACACUGCCCUAUCCUGUUAUGUUCCUGUACCUGAAGUUUUCCCUUGCUUAAUGCUGCUGAAGGUUUUAUGUAUUUCAGGUAAAGUUUCUGGGACAAAUCAUGCUUAGUAAAAUCUUUUGGUAUAGUUGCGAGCAUGCCAAAGUGGGUUUGUUCUAAGACUUGUCACAUCACUUCAAGGAUUCAGCUCAGAUGUCUGAGAAUAUUUUUGCAUGCCACCGAAGGCUGGAGAUACUCUAGGUGUAUGUGCCUAUAUUUUCUACAUAUGGGCAUGAAUAAUUUUAACAGUAGUGAGUACUCUUAGAUGGUAACACGUAAUCUGUAAACCCUCACAAGGUUUACAACUGAUGUUCUUGGUUUUUUGUCUAGCAUAGCAAUUGCUGCUUGAUUGUGGCUGCUGAUUUAAUCCUUUAUAAAUUAACUUAGGAAAUGGGAAACUUGCCCACUAACCAGAUCCUUGCUUGUUUGCAGUAAUAAUCACAGUCUGAUGGUCCUAUUUUCUUUGCUGUCUUUGUUUAGCUGUAGCUGUAAGUUCUGCCUGAGAAGCAAAGAGGGUGGGAAUAUCCCACCUUUGUGAAGAACAUCUCAGUGUGAUUUAAUACCUGAGAUAGAACGUUAGCUCAGAGUUUUUGUUUGGCUAUAGAUUCCCUCUUUAAAACUUCCAGUUUUAUACAACUAUACUCUCAAAUUUGAGGAUUUUAGGCUUUUUCUGUGGCAGACUUUGGCAUGUCAGUGCACUCAGCCAUCCAAUUGCUCUUGCUCUCUUUCAGUUAGACAAUAUAGGUUCCUUGCUGUAAAGUGCCAUCUGUUGAAAAUUCUAAGUAUUGUACAUUCAGUUGUUUGGCUUCUUUUCUACCUUCAUGUACAGUUUUCUAGAGAAUAAUAUGAGUCUGAAAUACUGAAUAAUCCAAUAAAUGUUGAUUAAAAUAUCAUCUAGACAUUGAUGUCUCAAAGCUGCUUUGAAAAUUUCAGUCAAAACCAAAACACCAUUUCACUAAACUUUUAGCCUUUAUUUUAAAAAGUUUGUCAAAAAAGUGUGUGCAAAGAUUCAAAAUUAGUGUACUGCUUUUCUCACAAAGGUUGUUUCCAUAUGAGGAAUGAUACUUUGUAUAUAAAGGACAGUAAAUAAAAUUUUUUAAUUCA